AUGUCGAGGUUUGCAUUUUUCAAUCGAUCAAAUACAAUUCACGCGUCUUCGUCGGAGGAAUCUCAGAAACCUUUCAACGAAUUUCUCGACCGGUCCGGUUCGCUGAGCCGAUUCUACGGUUCAGUAGAAUCAAUGAAAUCGUCGAUCCGUGGAAGGAUGGUGAAGAAGCUCUGCAAUAUGUUCGAAUCAUCGCCGACGAAAGAAUCUCACAAAUCGGAACUGCGUUCGGCUUCGAAAUUAGGUUCAGAACCGCACGGGGCUUCGAAAUUAGGUUCGGAAUCGCUUGCGGCUUCGAGAUUAGGUUCGGAAUCGCGUUCUGGUUCGGAAUUAAGUUCGGAAUCGCGUUCUGGUUCGAAAUUGGGAUGGGAAUCCGGGAUGUUGUUCCGAUUGGAAGGUGGCGAGGAACGGAUUGUGGUGUAUUUGACGAGUUUGAGAGGAAUUCGGAGAACGUUUGAGGAUUGUAAUGCGGUGAAGAUGAUUCUGAAAGGGUUUAGGGUUUGGGUUGAUGAAAGAGAUGUUUCCAUGGAUCAUGCUUAUAGAAAGGAAUUGCAGUGUGUGAUGGGGGAGGAAAAUGUGUCACUACCCCAAGUCUUUAUUAGAGGAAAAUACAUUGGUGGUGCUGAUGUGAUUAAGCAUCUAUUUGAAAGUGGUGAUUUGAAAAGAAUGCUUGACGGGUUUCCCAAGAUGAAGCCUGGUUUUGUAUGUGAGAGUUGCGGUGAUGCUAGGUUUGUACCAUGCGAUAACUGCAGUGGAAGUCGAAAAAUAUUCGACGAAGAUGAAGGUUUGUUGAAGCGAUGCUUGGAAUGCAAUGAAAAUGGACUCAUUAGGUGUCCUUGUUGCUCUUGUUAUUGA